AUGAUACAACAACGCUUUGAGGUUGAAGACAGUAUCGCCGCUGGUGUUAACAAGGGUCACAAAGUGACCGCUAAGGAGGUUGCCCCAAAAAUCUCGUACAGAAAGGGUGCUUUGUCCAAGAGAACCGCCUUCGUCAGAGACAUUGUCCGUGAAGUGUCCGGUUUGGCUCCAUACGAGAGACGUGUCAUUGAGUUGAUCAGAAAUGCUGGUGAGAAGCGUGCCAAGAAGCUGGCCAAGAAGAGAUUGGGAACUCACUUGAGAGCCAAGGCCAAGGUUGAGGAGAUGAACAAGAUCAUCCAAGAGUCUAGACGUCACUAA